UAUACCGGUACCUAUACCGUAUACCGCAAAUUCACGUAUAUUCGAGAUUGUUCCAAAACACAAGAGAUUCAAAAUGAUGAUGCCAGGCAGAGCUCCCGUGUUGGUUCUCAAUCAAAACACAAAACGAGAGAGUGGAAAGAAAGUUCAAAUCGGAAAUGUCGCGGCAGCGAAGACCAUAGCAGAUGUUAUCAGGACAUGCCUCGGACCACGCUCGAUGCUAAAGAUGUUGAUGGAUCCUAUGGGAGGCAUCGUAAUGACCAACGAUGGAAACUGCAUCCUCAGAGAGAUCACUGUUCAACAUCCAGCUGCUAAGUCAAUGAUUGAGAUUAGUAGAACACAAGAUGAAGAGGUUGGAGAUGGGACAACAUCAGUUAUCAUCCUUGCUGGUGAGAUGAUGUCUGUUUCUGAACCAUUCUUACAGCAGAACAUGCACCCGACCCUCAUCAUCAGUGCUUAUAAACAAGCUAUGGAAGAUAUGCUUCAGAUUAUGAAGGACAAAUGCAGUAAACAAGUAGACAUCAGUGACAGAGCUCAGAUGAUGAACAUCAUUAAGAGUUGUCUUGGAACAAAGUUUAUCAACCAAUGGGCUGAUCUAGCAUGUCAGAUUGCAUACGAUGCUGUUAACACUGUAUCCCUAGAGGAGAACGGCAGGAAAGAGAUUGAUAUCAAACGAUAUGCCAAAGUAGAAAAGGUUCCUGGUGGUACAAUUGAAGACUCACGUGUGUUGACAGGUGUGAUGCUGAAUAAAGAUGUGACACAUCCACGUAUGAGGAGACGAAUUGAGAAUCCUCGUAUACUGUUAUUAGAUUGUAAUCUAGAGUACAAGAAGGGAGAAAGUCAGACUAAUCUAGAGAUUGGUAAUGAGACGGACUUCACAAGAAUCCUACAGCUUGAGGAGGAAUAUAUACAACGGAUCUGCUCUGAAAUCAUUGCACUUAAACCUGACCUUAUCUUCACUGAAAAGGGCAUUUCAGAUCUUGCACAACAUUACCUUGGGAAGGCCAACAUCACAGCGAUCAGACGUGUAAGGAAGUCGGAUAACAACAGAAUAGCAAGAGCUUGUGGGGCAACAGUUGUCAAUCGAACAGAUGAACUCAGAGAAGAGGACUUGGGUCUUGGAUGUGGACUCUUUGAAAUACAGAAGAUUGGAGAUGAGUAUUUCACCUUCAUCACAGAAUGUAAGAACCCCAAGGCCUGUACUAUUUUAUUGAGGGGUGCUAGUAAGGAUGUUUUGAAUGAAGUAGAACGUAAUCUUCUGGAUGCUAUGAAUGCUGCUCGUAAUGUCAUGCAGGAGCCUUGUCUUGUACCUGGAGGAGGUGCUGUAGAGAUGGCUCUAUCACAUGCUCUAAAUGAGAAGGCUAAAGCUAUCAAAGGUGUUCAGCAGUGGCCUUACAAGGCUGUUGCAUCAGCUCUAGAGGUUGUCCCUCGGACUCUCAUUCAGAACUGUGGAGGCAACACAAUCCGCACUCUCACUGCUCUUAGGGCUAAGCAAGCUGACCCAGCUAAUUUUAGUUGGGGUAUUGAUGGCGAGAAGGGUAUCUUAGCUGAUAUGAACCAAUUAGGAAUCUGGGAUCCAUACGCAGUCAAGGCACAGACAUACAAAACAGCCAUUGAGACUGCCAUGCUGUUACUUCGCAUUGAUGACAUUGUCUCAGGAUCAAAGAAGGCUGGUGAAAGGGAAGGUGCAGGAACGGUCGCUCCAACCACUGAAUAAUCCUAUCUCUAGUCCCAUGUAGUUAAUAAGGUUGAGCUGAUAUGAGGUAGAUAUUGUGAAAUAUAAUUGUACAAAUCAAGUGGAUGAUCAAUGUCACCAAGGAAACUGAUGGUAUGUUGUUGACAAAUAAACCAAUAAUACAGCAAAUUUUCAUCAGUUGGGGAUGAUUAAUUAAAUAAUUUUUAAGCGUCAACUAAGCUAAAUGAUUAUUUUGGGUGAGCUCUCAUCCACUCCUGUGGACUUCCUAAAAUCAGUGGAUUAGUCACAAAGUUUGCUGCCUGUGUGGUGGUCUGUACCUCCGUGUUUCUUGAUCACAGGACUGAAGAUUGGAGACAGUGUAUAUCAAGAGUCUCUAUUCAGUACUGGAUUAAUCCUUUUUAUCCAGUGACGAAAGCUUGCCCCUGAUAAUCAUUAAGGUUGGUUGAAGCUUAAACAUGAUUUAAAAAAACAAUAAUUUUGCUUGGGUUGACCGUGACAUUAGCUUGAGAUUAUGUGGCUCGUCUGUUUCAAUGUAUCCCUAAGUUAUUGGUUGAGGAUAGAAAAUGGCACUUAUGCUAUCAAGGUAUUAAAUUAAACUAUAUAUGAAGGACCGUUUUUAUUUCAACAUUAAACAUAGUAAAUGACUAUCUUCAUGAGGAGUCAUGAUGACUUGUUCCUAUCUGAUGUAAACUUGAAGAAAGGAUUGUUUGAAGUAAUUGUACAUUCAAUUGGACAUUCUUUGGUGUUG